AUGAUUACAACAAUAGUAUUGACAUCUAUCUAUCUAUCUAUCUAUCUAUCUAUCUAUCUAUCUAUCUAUCUAUCUAUCUAUCAGUGUCUCGUCGAUAUCUAUCUAUCUAUCUAUCUAUCUAUCUAUCUAUCUAUCUAUCUAUCUAUCGCAGUCUCUUCCUUAUCUAUCUAUCUAUCUAUCUAUCUAUCUAUCUAUCUAUCUAAAUGGCUAGUUAUUGUUCUAUCAGAAUUUCACCAAUAUCGACCAAUUUAUCAUUAUUUUAUAUUAAUGCUUUCUUUCUUUCUUUCUUUGUUUAAAACCCGGAUCACCAGAAACUUUGCCUUUUCCAUUUCCCUACUUUGUCUCUUUAGACAUUCUCUACUUUAUCGUCUCUCUCUUUCCAUUUCUCCCCACUCUUUCUCUCUGUCUGCCUAUCCAUCUCACUCUCUCUUUCUCUCUCUCUCUCUCUAUCUAUCUAUCUAUCUAUCUAUAUAUAUAUAUAUAUACCUGAUAAGUAUUAAAGUAUCUAUCUAUCUAUCUAUCUUUUUCAGUUUCUUAUCUAUCUAUCUAUCUAUUUCAGUUUGUUCUUAUCUAUCUCUCUCAGACACUUUAAUUUUUCUUAUUUUCUUCUUCUUCUUCUUCUUCUUCUUCUUCUUCUUCUUCCUUGUCCAAAUAUUUGAAAACAUUUUACAUUUUUAUUUCUUACAAUAUCCCCCUAUCUAUCUAUCUAUCUAUCUAUCUAUCUAUCUAUCUAUGACAGUCUAUUUGAAAACAUUUUACAUUUUUAAUUCUUACAAUAUCACCCAUUAUCUAUCUAUCUAUCUAUCUAUCUAUCUAUCUAUCUAUCUAUGA